AUGAGUGGAAAGAGGAAAACAAAAAGUGCGAGAAAGCAAGAUAGUGAUACUCCCAAGAGAGUAAUUGAAAACAUACAACCACGACAGUUGGUUGAGUGUACUGAAGAAAACUUUGGAGAAGUGGAGUUCGAUUCAAAUAGCAGUGUGUUAGUGGCAGCGCAAGCCGCAGAAAAACGAAACAUGAAGAAGCAACUGCUGCUAUUAAUGGAUCGCCGUGAUCGCAUUGUUCGGAAAUUGCUGCGCGUGCAGGAUUCAAUCGAAAAUGAGGCAGAACCAAACAUCCAUCGUCUCAACCUGCAUCUCGAAACAGUUCGUCGUUGCUACGAUGAUUUCGAAUCCACACAUGAAGCCAUUUUUGGCCAAGUGUCGGCAGAAGAAAAAGAUGACGUGGAAUCGGAAUAUGCUAAUUUUGAGAACUUGCACGACGGACUGUAUGUACGAUUGCAGACGAUGAUAGCCGACAUGAAGAAUGCUCCCGUUAUGAAUUCUGCCGCCCUUGAAUUUCAGCCCAAGCCACAGCCAAUUAAUCCGAUUGCUCACCUCCAGGUUCCGCUCCCUACAUUCGAUGGUAAGCUAGAAAAUUGGUUUUCUUUUAAAUGUAUGUUCCAAACAAUCAUGAAUCGCUACCCGAAUGAAUCCCCUGCAAUCAAGUUGUAUCACCUCAAAAAUUCCUUGAUCGGUAGUGCAGCUGGGAAGAUUGAUCAAGAUGUGAUCAAUAACAAUGAUUAUGAAUCGGCAUGGCGUCUGCUGGAAGACGCAUAUGAGGAUGAACGACUCAUCAUCGACACCCACAUUGAUGCAUUAUUAGAAUUGCCAAAGUUAUCCAAAGAAAACGGUGAUGAGUUGCGCAAGCUAGUAGAGGCUUUAUCGAAAAAUGUCGAUGCUUUGAAGAAUAGGAAUCUUCCUGUGGAGGGGCUUUCGGAAAUGAUGCUGAUUAAUGUUGUUGGCAAAUGCAUGGAUCGAGAAACGAGGAAACUUUGGGAAUCUUCGAUGAAAAGUGGGACAUUGCCGAGCUACCAGCAAUUAGUCGAAUUCCUGAAGGAACGAAGCCGAGUUUUGCAGAAACUUCAAGGUCAAGCUCAACAGACAACCAACACAUCAGCACCAAGGAGCAAGCAAGCAAAAGUGUUUGUGCAAUCGACGAGCGAAGCAUGUCCUUGCUGUAAAGGUGAGUCAUCCAUUUACAAGUGUCUCUCGUUUAAGAAACUCUCAGCAAAGAAACGAUUCGAGAGAGUCAAGAAGGCGGGUCUUUGCUUUAAUUGUCUGCGUAAAGGCCACCGCACAGCUCAAUGCAAAACGGAUCAAUGUUGCAAAAGUUGUGGAAAGCCACAUCACACUCUCUUGCAUUUGAGCGAAACUACUACAACGCAAUUUGAAAACUCUCCGAAUCCAAGCACAUCCACUCACCAAUACAACAAGAAACAAGAUGGAACAGCUGAUACGCAAAUUGUUAACUGCUGCACGCAAACUCAAGCUACUGCUGAACAGAUUUUUCUCUCGACUGCUGUAGUAUUGGUUGCCGGUGCUGGCAACAGGAAAAUCAAAUGCAGAGCUUUGCUUGAUUGCUGCUCCGAGGCAAAUUUGAUAACCGAGAAUUUAGCUGCAAAAUUGAAUAUCACACCCACCGAUUUGAAUCCACCGAUUACAAUCUGCGGAUUGAAUGGCAUGAAGACGAUGUCAUGCAAGACUGUUCGAACGAAUGUUUCGUCGCGAAAUCGAGCCUAUUCUGCCAGUCUGGAUUUUUUAAUCACCCCUUCGAUCACCGAGCUGCCUACAGGUAAAGUAGACGUUAAUUCAUGGAAUUUUCCUCGAGAUUUUGAACUCGCCGAUCCUUCUUUUAAUGUUCCACGCGAGGUGGACAUGAUAAUCGGCGCAGAAGUUUUCUAUGACGUUCUGAAGAAAGGACGAAUGAAAAUCGGUAACAACCUUCCUACUCUCGCUGAAACUGUGUUCGGCUGGGUUGUUAGCGGUUCAGCAAAGACAACAAAUAAACGAUCCUCCCAGCGUGUUUGCCAAGUGAACACCACCCAUGAUGAUGUUAAUCGAACGCUUAUGAAGUUUUGGGAGCUCGAAAAUUGUUAUAACUCUUCUACUAUGACUGCGGUGGAACGCGCCGUAGAAAAGCAUUUCGAAGAAACUCACCGUCGUUCAUCUGAUGGCCGUUUUAUCGUGCGCAUGCCUUUCAAUGAUCUCAGGAGUCAACUAGGCGAUUCCUUUGAAACUGCCAAGCAAAGAUUCAACAAGCUUAUGAUGAGUUUUUCCAGAAAUCCUGCCAAGCGGGAACAAUAUGAGAAUUUCAUGAACGAAUAUCUGGCCAUCGGCCAUAUGAAAGAAGUUAAUGACAGUCCCAAGGAGUGUUACUUCCUACCGCACCAUGCGGUCUUUAAGGAAUCAAGUUCCACAACGAAGGUUCGAGUCGUGUUCGACGCUUCGGCUGCGUCGUCAACAGGCAUUUCACUGAAUGACACCCAAUUAGUCGGCCCAACGGUGCAAAGUGAUUUAGUCACUAUCAUUUUAAGAUUCUGCAUUCAUCAGGUGGUUCUGACAGCCGAUGUUCCCAAGAUGUACCGUCAAGUUCAGAUCCAUGAAGACGAUAGACGAUUUCAGCGUAUCUUAUGGCUUAACAAGAAGGGUGAAAUGUCUACUUUUGAAUUAUCGACGGUCACAUAUGGUUGCUCAAGUGCGCCCUAUUUGGCAACACGCUCGCUUAUCCAGUUGGCAUCUGAUGAAUCUGAAACAUUCCCGCUCGCGGCGGAAGUAAUUCGAAAGGACAGCUACAUCGAUGAUUUCAUUACGGGUGGCAAAACAAUUGCUGACGUAAUUGAAAUAUACAAGCAGCUCAACGGAAUUCUCGAGAAAGGUGGUUUUGGUGUCCACAAGUUCUGCUCCAACAGCGAGGAAGUUUUAAAAAUGAUUCCCGCAGAACUUCAAGAAAAGCAGAUGGACUUUGAAGGAUCGGACAUCAACAACACAAUCAAGACACUUGGACUGAUAUGGAAUCCGAGUGAAGACUACUUCGUGUUCAACCAGUGUUCUAAAUAUCACUCAUUUUCAAUGAAUAACACUGUGUUCAACGUACCACCGCUAAACAGCAACAUCAAACCGACGAAGCGCAUAGUUUUGGCUGAAAUUGGACGUCUCUUCGACCCACUGGGAUUUUUGGGUCCAGUGGUGACUAUGGCGAAACUAACUAUGCAAGAACUCUGGCGAUUGAAAAUGGAUUGCGAAGAUGAACUUCCACAAGAACAAAUGGAAAUCUGGAAAUCGUUCCGGCAACAAUUGUGUUCAGUGAAAAAUAUUCGGAAGCAACGAUGUGUUAUUCCUGGAAAAGUGAAAAGUGUUGAACUACACGGGUAUUGUGACGCCUCUAAGGUCGCUUACGGUGCCUGCCUGUAUGUUCGAAGUGUUACUGAAAAUGAAGAAAUUGAAGUACGUUUGAUCUGCAGUAAGUCACGUGUCGCACCACUCAAGCCUAUGACCAUCCCUCGACUGGAACUCUGCGGAGCCCUCUUGUUGGCUCAACUUACUAAGAAGGUGAAAGGAGCUCUCAACAUCGAAUUCGACUGUGUUACGCUUUGGUCAGACUCACAGAUCGUUCUGAGUUGGCUGAAGAAGAGUCCAUCAACGUUAAAUGAAUUUGUAUGCAACCGAGUGGCUACUAUCGUAGAGCUUACUCACGACUACGAAUGGAGAUAUGUACGAUCCCAAUGCAAUCCAGCAGAUUCUUUGUCCCGUGGAGAGCUUCCAGAGCAACUUUUAGAGAACGAGCAGUGGUGGACAGGCCCAGUCGCACUACACAAAAUAGAAUCGAUUGAAGAACCGACAUUUGAGAUUCUUGCAAUCGAAAUUCUUCCCGAAAUACGGAAAGUGAAACAUACGCUGAUAAUGGCUCCAAAGCAACAACCUUUUGAUUUGUCACGUUUAAGCAACUUUAACCGAUUAAACCGAGCAUGGGGAUAUGUGUUAAGGUUCAUUGCCAACAAAUGUACCAAGACAAAGAAUUAUGAGCCACUUACAGCAGAAGAGCUUUCCAGAGCAUCCCGAAUAAUUUGCAGAUUAGUUCAGAACCAAGCAUUCGGCGAUCUUAAAAAAGAAUUGUCAUCAGGUUCUAUGAAACGAAACAACUACUCAAGUUUAGCACCAUUUAUCGACGAAGACGGAUUGAUUCGAGUUGGAGGUAGAUUGAAAUAUUCUGACAUUCCUUAUGACGGUAGGUACCAAAUUCUUAUGCCAGAAAAGCAUCCUAUAACGGAAAUGAUAGUUCGUCAUCUGCACGAGAAGCACUUCCAUGUCGGGCACAGUGGCCUGCUCUCGUUCGUGCGCCAGUCUUUCUGGCCAAUCAAAGCUAAGUCAGUCAUCAAAAAAGUCAUUGGAAGAUGCUAUCGCUGUUUCAAAUGUAAACCUCCACAACUGCAGCAAUACAUGGGCAAUUUACCAAGCUAUCGUGUCACGCCAGCCCCACCUUUCAGCCGUACAGGUGUCGAUUUUGCUGGUCCGUUUGUUCUCAGGGAAGGAGGACGAAAGCCGAAAUACUACAACUCCUACGUCGCAGUAUUCGUAUGUAUGACAACCAAGGCACUGCAUUUCGAGCUCGUGACAGAUAUGCGGACGGAAACUUUUAUCGCUGCCCUUCAACGCUUUAAUGGUCGUCGUGGUUUUCCGUGUGAUAUGUACUCGGAUAACGGAACAACGUUUGUGGGAGCGAACCACGAACUUGCAGCCUUGCGAAAAUUAUUUGAAGAUCAACUCCACCAAAGAAAGUUGAAGGACUACUGUAGUUCUGAAGGCGUAACAUGGCAUUUUAUUCCGCCAAGAAGUCCUCACUUUGGAGGCAUCUGGGAGGCUGGAGUAAAAUCGAUGAAAUAUCUGAUGAAACGUGUUGUUGGCGAAACGCGUUUAACCUACGAAGAAAUGUAUACAUUCCUGGUCCAAGCAGAGGCAAUACUCAACUCACGUCCGUUAUCACCGUAUUCGGAUAAUCCUAACGAUUUUUGCGCUUUGACUCCAUCACAUUUUUUGACUGGAAGAUCCUCAAAGGCAUUACCGGAACCAAGUUACGACGAUCUCAAGGUUGGAAGACUAUCAAGGUGGCAGCACAUUCAAAUAAUGCGUGACCAUUUUUGGAAAAAGUGGUCAGCCGACUACUUGCAUACACUCCAGACACGUCAGAAAUGGAAGGGCCGUGUGUUGGAAAUCCAUGAAGGCGCAUUGGUUCUUCUACGAGACGAAAAUAUCCCACCCCAACAAUGGAAAUUAGGUCGAAUCAUCUCAACGCAUCCUGGCAAGGACGGCAUCGUCAGGGUGGUAACAGUUCGUACAGCCAAAGGUGAAUACCAGCGUGCUGUAACCAAGCGCGCCAAAGCUGAGGCUAAGAAAGGUUAUUACCACAAACUAUUCCAAAAAUCUAAUCAGAAAGCGAUGUGGAAAAAUUUUAAUGAUCUGGUUGGACGUAGCAUGUCACAAAGCGAAACUAUUAAAUUGGAAAUAAAUGGAGUGCUCGUGGAAGAUGCGAAAUUGGUUGCAAAUGCAUUCAACGACUACUUCUGCAACGUUGGGACGCAAUUAGCGGCCACGAUACCGAGAAAUGUGCAGAGUAGUAAUACUCCAUCAGUUCACAAUGGUAGAAGUAUAUACCUGAGACAAGCAACCGAACAAGAACUUAUUGUUCUUAUUAACAACCUCGAUUCUUCUAAAAGUCCUGGACCGGAUGGCAUUUCGGCAGAAUUUGUUAAAACUCAUCAUGUCAUCUUGGCACCGCUGAUCAGAGACAUAUUCAACGACUGUAUUAGGACAGGUCAAUUUCCGGAGUUUCUCAAAACAGCACGAGUCAUUCCAAUAUUCAAAGCAGGGAAAAAGACUAGCUGCAGUAACUACCGCCCGAUAUCAAUAUUAUCAGUUUUUAGUAAAAUCCUUGAAAAACUCGUAGCAGAGCGGAUCUUGCACUUCCUAAACCAGCACAAACUGUUCUACAACUAUCAAUAUGGGUUCCGGGAAGGUUCAAGCACAUUAACUGCGGCAACCGAGCUUGUAGAUGAUAUCCACAACGCACUCGAUAAUCGCAAACUUAUGGGAGUGUUGUUUUUGGAUCUGAAAAAGGCCUUCGACACAAUCGAUCAUUCCACUAUGCUCCAAAAACUGGAUGCUUACGGAAUCAGAGGUGUUGCAAAUUCCCUCUUAGCUAGCUACCUUGCCAACAGGAAACAGUUCGUCCAAAUCAACCAUACUUCAAGCAAACUAGGAAACUUGCCAGUUGGAGUUCCUCAAGGUAGUAAUCUUGGUCCUCUUCUAUUCAUCCUGUACGUGAACGAUUUGCAUAACUUGCGUCUACAUGGCAAACCCCGACUUUUUGCUGACGAUACUUCACUGUCGUACGAACAUGCUGAUCAACAAAUAAUAAUGUCUCGAAUGGCGCAGGAUUUGGACACACUUCAAGGAUACUUCAAUUACAAUCUUCUCUCGCUCAACUUGGACAAAACCAAGUACGUCAUUUUUAGGACAGCCAAUCGGCGCAUUGAAUGUGAGGAUCUGCUUCAGACUGGUACAACAGUAAUCGAAAAAGUUAAAACCUUCAAGUACCUUGGGCUUAUCUUUGACGAAUUUCUGAAAUGGGAUGCGCACGUAGACAGGCUCAGAAAAGAGCUUAGUGCUAUACACAGCUUAAUGUGGAAAAUUUCGAGGUUCGUACCCACUAAACAGCUGACGUACAUCUACCAUGCUUUUGUACAGUCUAAACUGCAAUACAUGGUCUCUAUCUGGGGAGCAGCAAGUAAAAGCAAUAUAAGACCACUCCAGGCCAUGCAAAAUCGAUGUCUGAAAGCAGUUUACAAACGACCCAAACUCUUCUCCACGCUCAGCCUAUUUAAAGAAGCCCCGUUAUCUGUUCUACCGAUAGCUGCACUAAGAGAACUACAGAGUAUUGUGCGGAUUCACAACCCACCGCCACCGCCCACCACCGCCCACCAACGCCACCCACCACCGCCACCUACAACAGUCACAAUUUGA